AUCACCCCCCUUUUUCCACCCUUGACUUUGCAUGCCACAAUCUCGAGACAUUGGAUGAAAAUCAUCAAACAGUUGAGACUACGCUCAUGAGCCCGGCCUUACCUUGUGUGUUGUGAUCAUUGGACUGCCCAAACCUUCGGAAAUAUUUGGCCGCCCCGCCUCAAGAAUUUCAAGCGGCACUGCCGUUUGGGGAAACUUGACUUGAGAAAUCGACUGUUGAUUUCAACUACAUCACUUCCACGCACUACCUAGGUCCUAGGUACCCAGGUACUUGUCAAGCCCAAGAAGAGAGAGUUCAUAGACUUUUGGCCUGUUUUGUCUUUCUUUCUUUCCUCAAAUCACAGGGUGGGCGAUUCGUCUGUCUGAACCGCCCCAGGAUGGUGCAACUCACAGAGAUCACGGAGAAGACUGAGUCUUCGCUCAAAAUCUCAGACGCCCAAAAUGCACCACAAACAACAACGCCCCCCACGGGCACAGAACCCAAGAAUGGCAGCUCGUCGACCCCAGUAGCGGGGCCAGCACCACCACCGGCAGCGUCAGUGGGCCCAUCAAUGCCGCCAGUCGCUGCGCCAGAGCUCCCGCCCCAGCUCGCCCGCAAUGCUGGCAAGACGGCCGAGGAGAUCAUGGAGGACCUGAACAAGUCGCCGCUCUUCAUGACGGAGAUGGAGGAGAACGAUGACGUGGCAGCGCUGGAGGCCCUGGCCUACGAGGGCACGUCGCUGGAGAACGCCACCGACUUCAAGGAGCGCGGCAACGAGUGCUUCAAGACGAAGCGAUGGCGAGACGCGAUCGAGUUCUACGGGAGGGGCGUCAAGCUCGUGACGCAGGAGGAGAAGCGCCGCGAGAAGGGGGAGCCGCCGCGCGAGGGCGAUCCAAACGGGGACGACGAGGCCGAGGUCGCCGCCCAGCGCGCCGUGCUCGAGGCGCUGUACGUCAACCGGGCCGCCGUGCAGCUGGAGCUGCAGAACUACCGCUCGUGCUGGCUGGACUGCGGCGCGGCACUGCGGCUGAACCCUCGAAACGUCAAGGCGUGGUACCGGAGCGCGCGGGCGCUGCUGGCGGUGGGGCGAGUGCAGGAGGCCGACGACGCGUGCGCGGGCGGGCUGAGCGUCGACGCCGACAACGCCAGCCUGCGGGCCGUCGCGAGGGACAUCGUUGCGCGCGCCGAGGACCUGGACAGGAAGGCCCAGGCCGCCGCCGAGGAGAAGAGAAAGCUUCAGCGGCGGGCGCAGUUCCUGGCCGGCGCGCUCAAGGAGCGCAACAUCACCGUCCGCACGAGCAAGACCCCGCCCGACAUGGGUGACGCGAAGCUGGAGCUCGUCCCGGACCCGGAGGACCUCAACAGCACCCUGAGCUUCCCUGCCGUCCUCCUGUAUCCGGUUCAUUACGAGAGUGACUUCAUCAAGGCCUUCAACGAGAGGGAGGCACUCGUCCAGCAUUUUGGCUAUGUCUUCCCGCUGCCUUGGGACAGGGAGGGCGAGUAUGGUGCCAACACGGUCGAGUGCUUCAUGGAGACGGCGGCGGGUGGCCUGGUCAAGGUCGGCAAGAAGGUGCCGCUGCUCAAGGUUCUUAGCCUAGAUAGCGUCGAGGUCGUCGACGGUGUGGUCAAGAUUUAUGUCGUCCCCCGUGGCAAGGCGGAUAACUGGGUGAAGACCUUCAAGGAGGCGAAGGCAAAGGAGGCUGGAGCAAAGCAAUAGUUGUGGCAAACAUUUUCGUUGGUCCAGGCAUCCACAAAAAUAACGUAGAGAACACAUUUCGGUACUGU